AUGCCAAUAUCAAUUGAAUGUAUAUUAGAAUCUGCAGUUUUUUUUCCAGGUGAUACAAUAUUUUGUAGAAUAUUUAUUUCAAAUUUAGGAGGAUUUAAUAACAAUGAUAUUGAAAAUGUUACAAGUAGUAAACAAACUCAAAGAGAACAAUCUAUAUCAUGGAUAACAGCACAAGUUUAUGGUAAUUUAAUGGUAGAAUCUUCAUUUAUUAAAUUAAAUUCUUCAAAUAAAUCAAAUAAAAAUAAAACUAAACAGCAACAACAACCACAACCACAACAAUCAUCUUCACAAGAAAAUAAAAAUAAUCAACAGCAACCACAACAACAACCACAACAACAGCAACAACAACAACAACAACAAUUCAAAUUAAACCCAAAACAAUCAUUAACUAGUGGUAAAAAAUUUACAGCUGGUGUUUCUAGUGCCACAUCAUUACCAAAUUUAUCAGAAAUUGGAGAAAAUGGCAAACCAAUAUUUACUUCACCAACAACUUUUUUAGCAUCAGAAUUAUAUAUACCACCUGGUCAAACUAAAUCUUUUAUUUAUUAUUUAACAUUACCAUCACCAUUACCACCAUCAUUUAAAGGAACAAGUUUAAAAUAUAGUUAUUUUUUAUCAAUUGCAUCACAAGUUUAUACGAAUCCAGCACAAAUUUUAACAGUACCAAUUAGGAUAUUAACACCAGCAUCAGCGUUAAGAUCAAUUAAAUUUAAGAGUAAUAUGAUGUUUGAUUUUGAAGAAGGAUCAGCAGAAACUACUCAAGAAUAUAGUAGAAAUAAUUUAGAGGUAGUUUCGAAAUGGCCCAUUUCACCAUUCAAGAAAUCCCAAUACUUUCCAUUACCUUAUCCACAAAAUCUAUCACAAUAUGAUUCAAACAAUACAAAGAAAUCUGUAAUUGAUAUUCUAAAUAAACAUUCAACACCAGUUUCAAUCGUAAUUUCAAAGGGUACUGAUAAAUUGGCAACUUUUUCAAUUUGUAAAACAGCUUUUAGUUUAGGUGAUUCAGUUCAUGGUACUUUUGAUUUCUCAAUUGCAACCAUACCAUGUUUUAAAAUCCUAAUUAAAUUGGAAUGUGAAGAAAUCAUUGACUCUAAAUAUCUUCAAUCAACUCGUGGUUCAAAUAAACCAAUUAGAAAAUUAUAUGGUGAACUUCAUGAAUUCACCACUAAUUUAAGACAAACUCAUUUUAUUUUUCAUAUACCUGUUGAAGCUUCUCCUGAAUUUUCUACAAAAUAUGUAUCAGUAAAAUGGUCAUUAAGAUUCGAAUUUGUUACACCAAUGAAAUCAUCAUAUACACCUUAUCAACCAAUUCAAUCUACAACCAAUACAAAUAAUAAUAUUAAUAAUAAUAAUAAUAUGGUAUCAAAUAGAUCUAAUAGUAGUAAUAAUUUACCAAUUUUAAUAACUCCACCAAAUACACCAUCAUCAUUAUCAAAUACACCAACAUCAGUAUCACCAAUAAAAUCAUCUACAAAUAAUUUAGAACCACAUAUUAAUAAAAAUAAUAAUAAUAAUAAUAAUAAUAAUAAUAAUAAUAGUAAUCACUCUAGAAAUAAUAGUGUUGAGAAUUUAAAUCAUCAACAACAUUUACAAGAAUUACAACAACAAAAACAACAACAAAGGGAUCAUAUAAAUAGAGAUUAUGAUGAUGAUGAUAAUCAAAGUAGUAGUCAUUCUGAAAAUGCAAUUGUAAAUGAUGAUACUUUAAGUAAUAGUAGUAGUAAUUUUUCAUCUUCAACAAAUAAUAGUAAAUUAAAUACAACCCAAACAAUUAAUAAUAAUAAUAAUAAUAAUAAUAAUACCAAUAGCAAUAAUAAUAAUAAUAAUACCAAUACCAAUAGCAAUAAUAAUAAUAAUAAUAAUAAUAAUAAUAAUAAUAAUAAUAAUAAUAAUAAUAAUAAUAAUAAUAAUAUUAAUAAUAAUAAUAAUCAAAAUAAUAAAAAUAAUAAUAAUCAAAAUCAACAAACUUCAUUAAUUGCAAAGAAAAAGAAAUUAUUCCCACACCCAAAUAUUGGUGUCUUAAGAGAUGAUGGUUCAGUACCAAUAGUUGAUACUUUACAUUGGAGUUUACCAAUUAGAGUUUUAGUUGGAUUCCCACCUCAUGAAUUAUUACAUACAAAUAAAAAUGAAUUAAUUCUUUAA